AUGUCUUACACCGUCCGCAAGGUUGCCCAGCCUUAUACGCUGGAGCACCGUAUCUACAUCGAGAAGGAUGGCAAGCCCGUCUCUCCCUUCCACGAUAUCCCCCUCUAUGCCGAUGAGAAGGAGGGCAUCUUGAACAUGGUCGUUGAGAUCCCUCGCUGGACCAACGCCAAGCAGGAGAUCUCCAAGGAUGAGUUCCUCAACCCCAUCAAGCAGGACGUCAAGAAGGGCAAGCUCCGCUUCGUCCGCAACUGCUUCCCCCACAAGGGCUACCUCUGGAACUACGGUGCCUUCCCCCGCACUUGGGAGGACCCCGCCGCCGUUCACCCCGAGACCAAGGCUCAGGGUGACAACGACCCUCUCGACGUUUGCGAGAUCGGCGAAUUGGUCGGCUACCCCGGUCAGGUCAAGCAGGUCAAGGUCUUGGGUACCAUGGCCCUGAUUGACGAGGGCGAGACCGACUGGAAGAUCAUCGUCGUCGAUGUCAACGACCCUCUGGCCAGCAAGCUUCACGACGUUGAAGACAUCGAGCGCCACCUCCCUGGCCUUCUGCGCGCCACCAACGAGUGGUUCCGCAUCUACAAGAUCCCCGACGGAAAGCAGGAGAACUCUUUCGCUUUCUCCGGCGAGUGCAAGAACAAGAAGUAUGCCAUGGACGUCAUCAAGGAGUGCUCCGAGGCCUGGGAGAAGCUCAUGUCUGGCAAGGCCGACGCUGGUGGCAUCAACCUCGCCAACACCGAGUACGACAACCGCGCCUCCCCGGCCGACGUUGCUGCCGUCCCUCAGAACGAGAACUUGGCCCCUGCCCCCAUUGACGGCAGCAUUGACAAGUGGUUCUUCAUCUCCGGUGCCGCUGUCUAA